CGGCUCGCCCCGACACCCCGCGCUCCUCCCCUCAGGGCUGGGCCGCGGUGUUGUGCUUGCACCGGACAUGGGGUGGGCAGGCAGGCGAACACUCACACACAGAAAUACAAACACACCAAUACACACGCUCUCUCUCCCUCAUUCCCCCGCGGGUUGGAGCGGCCCGCGGGGUCGGGAGGCGGCGCCAGGCGGGCCGGGCCGCGGGCGGCGAUGGCGGCGGCGCGCACCGUGCUGCUGACCGGCUCCAACCGCGGCAUCGGCCUGGAGCUGGUGAAGCAGCUGCUGGGCUCGCCGCGACCCCCCGCCUGGAUCUUCGCCACCUGCCGGGACCCCGAGGGGCCGCGGGCACAGGAGCUGAGAGAUCUGGCAUCCAAACACCCAAACCUGGUUCUUGUAAAGCUGGAUGUGGAAAACCCCUCGGCUAUCACCGAUGCGGCCAAGGUGGUGGAGGGGAAGCUGGACGGAAUGGGGCUGAACCUGCUGAUAAACAACGCCGGCGUCUACACCCCCACGGCCUCGCUGGAGACGGUCGAUGCUGAGGACAUGGUCAGGUCCUACAAGACCAAUGCAGUGGGGCCAAUGCUGAUGGCCCAGGCCUUCCUGCCUCUGCUGAAGAAGGCUGCCCAGGACAGCAAAGAAAAGGGCCUGAGUUGCAGCAAGGCAGCCAUCAUCAACAUCUCCACCAUCUUGGGGUCCAUCAAGAAAACACCUGAUUCCUUCUUCCACCCUGUCAUCUCCUACCGCUGCAGCAAGGCUGCCCUCAACAUGCUGACCAUGUGCCAGGCUCUGACCUACAAGGAAGCUGGGAUCCUGUGUGUGGCACUGCACCCUGGCUGGGUGAAAACAGACAUGGGCACCCAGGAGGCUGACCUGACAGUGGACACAAGUGUGCGGGGGCUGUUGUCUGUGCUGCCAAUUCUUUCUGAGAAACACAGUGGGGCUCUGCUCAACUGGGAAGGUAAAGCUAUCCCCUGGUGACUGCUCUCGGUCCCUGCAAGGGACUCCACAGUGCCACAGGACUUCCUGGUGCCAUGGGUGCACCAGGCUGCUCAGCCCUCUGUGGUCUGCAAGGGACCUACUUGGGACUCCAGUGGGUGGGCAGGGUGUGAUCCCUGCCUUCACCUUGCUAAUAAAUAAAUAAAUAAAGUCAAUUAGUACCUGUGCCUU